AGAAGCCCCGGCUGCUGGGUCCCUUUCCUCCUCUCCAGGGAAGGAGGGCUGGGUGUGGCGAGGAGGAGGCCUCGGGGAUCAUCCACUCGAGGCGGGGUCUUCCCAGCCUUUUCCCUUCAAAAAGGCGGCGGAGGGCCAACAACUAGGGUUGUGUUUUUGGGGGAGGGAGGGACGUUUUUGGGGUUGGGUUGUUACUAUUAUUAUUAUCAUCAUUACUAUCAUCAUCAUUUUUUAUUGUUGGGUUAGAGGGCCUUUUCAGUGGCUUUGUUUCUUUUUUACAAGGGAAGACUUUGGCCUCAACGCCUGUUAGGAUGUCUGCUGGAAAUCAAGAUGCUCAGAAUACAAGCAUUUCUCGGGAAGAAAACAUUCAGUUGCCUGCAACAAGCCAAGGAUAUGUUCUUCCUGAAGGGAAAAUCAUGCCAAAUACAAUUUUCGUGGGAGGAAUUGAUAUCAGGAUGGAUGAGACGGAAAUUCGGAACUUCUUUGGAAGAUAUGGCACGGUCAAAGAAGUGAAAAUAAUCACUGAUAGAACUGGUGUGUCCAAAGGGUAUGGAUUUGUAUCAUUUUUGGACAACGUAGAUGUACAGAAAAUAGUUGAAUCACAAAUCAACUUCCAUGGGAAGAAACUGAAACUAGGACCUGCAAUAAGGAAACACCCAAACUUAUGUGCCUAUCAUGUGCCACCCAGACCUGUGCUUAUUAAUUCACCCCCACCUCAGUUCCACAGUGUUUGGAGUAACCAAGAAACGUACAUGCAGCCUCCAGCCAUGAUGAGUCCUGUCACACAGUAUAUUCAGACAUAUCCUUAUGGUUCACCAGCUUUAUUAAUUCAUCAUCAAGUUCCUAUAGGAUACCAGCCAACUUAUAAUUAUCAGGUUCCACCACAGUGGCCUCCUGGAGAGCCAAGAAACUACAUUGUUCCUCCGGCUUACACUGCAGUGAAUUAUGGUGGUGAAAUAGAUACAGGAACUGACCAAGCAGAGUGUUCUAUGACUGACACUUCCCAAUCUUGUGCAAACAGUCCACAAAAGAAAUCUGUGGACCGAAGCAUACAGACAGUAGUAUCAUGUCUGUAUAAUCCAGACAGUCGAUUGAGGAACAAUAUUGUAACUCAAGAGGACUACCUUAAGGAGAAGAGAGCACAUCAUUUUAGAAGAAGCAGAGCUAUUCUUAAAACAGUUUGAUUUAAUGAGACUGACUUGAGAAGACCUGAAGUGCUUUUAUUCAUCAUAUAUUGUCUUUAUCUGUAGUUAAGAUAGAUGGCAAACACUGGACAAUUAUGGAGCCUGUUUGGCAAAUGUUCCUUGAAGUUACCGUUUGUUUGAAAUUUCUGUCUUGCCUGUUUCUAGACAUGUUUGAAUUCUGUGUUACUCUGAAAUGUUUGUAUGUUUUAUCUGUCUAAAUGUUUAAGUGUUCAAAUUUCUAACCAGAAAAUAUUCAGUUAAUAGUUGUUCUGAUAAUUUAUGUUUAAAGUUCUAUUUUAUUGCAUGUUGGCACUUAAAAGUUUUCUAACAUUUUAAUAUGUAUCUUCUCUAUUUACUCCCAGCUCACAUUUAAAAUAGAAGGGAUUUUUAUUUUUUUUGCUAAAGAUAUUUUUAAAACUGUACUUCAAUCAGGUGAAUAGAUAUACAUCCAGUUGCAUCUCAGUCUCAUAAAUACAUACAUACUCGGUACAGUAUUGCCAUAAAAAUCUAAUCAGUGAAAACUUCAUUCACUAGCUGCAUCUGCUGCUUAGUCUGUGAGUUUGAUAAACUGAUAGUUAAAAGUGUACUCAAGGAUGUAACUAAUAGUAUUAAUUGUAUUUGGUGAGCUGCACUUUUUUAUAUUCUGAGCACACUUGGCUAAUACCCAUAUCUUAAAAUUGUGGAAAGAACAAGUACUUUUCUGUGAUCUUAAGCUUUUUAAAACUGGUCACCAACUUUAAAUCAAAGAAUUUGGAAAACAGUUUAAUUAUGUAGACUUUAGUUUUCUAUCAGUAGAAUUCCACAAAUAAACUCUUUUAAAAUUGA